CACCAUGCGUUACAUGUGGCAUUAGAUACCGAGAGAGCUGGAUUCACAGAGUGCUGGGGAAAAGGGGGGAGUCAAAUGCUGACAUUUGGCUAGAGAGACAAGAGGAAGAGAGGGGAAGGAAGGGGAAGGACAAAAUCUGACGGGACAACGGAGAGAUUGUGCAAAAAUUUGUUAACGGUAUAACAUAAGCUUUUAGCGGACUAUGGCGGCGGUAACGAGCCAAGAAGCGAGCCCUCAACCUCGGGUAUAUUUCCAAACGCCUCCCGGCACAGAAGAGACAGAAGCGCCGGUUCGGAAGCAGGGAAGAGUGACGGUGAAAUACGACCGGAAAGAGCUGAGAAAGAGACUGAAUCUGGAAGAGUGGAUUAUCGACCAGCUCACUGAUCUCUACGACUGCGAGGAGGAAGCGAUUCCAGAGCUAGAGAUCGACGUGGACGAACUGCUGGACAUGCCAACUGACGCGGACCGAGCCUGCAGGGUCAAGGGUCUGCUGGUCGACUGUUACAAACCCACUGAUGACUUUGUGACGGAGCUCCUGGACAAGAUCCGAGGCAUGCAGAAGCUCAGCACGCCCCAGAAGAAGUGAUCUCCCGCUCUCAUACCUACGUUUCUGCGCUGUGGCCAUGCCGGAUAUCCCAGAAUCCCCUUGGUGUGACUAAAGAUGCAACAAAGGAGUGAGGAAUCCCAACGACCCACUGCAGGGCUACUGUAUCUCUCGUCUGUUUUCAUUUCGGUUCUUUGGGAUUGAAACUCUCGUAUAUCUAUUUAUUUGUAUAUCAGUGUGCUGUGCACAGAGGACACUGAUAUGUAGUAAUGUAUAGUACAAUUUAUUAGAGUGACUGGAAUCUAUUGGUGCUUAUGCUAUACUGUGAAGCCUGCUUAACUAAAUGGGGGGGGGGAUCAGUAACAGUCCAAAAACAGCGAGAGAAGCAGAGAUGUUGCCACAAUGUCACUAAAUUAAUCGGCUGUGGGUAAUUUAAGGGCUUUAUUGACACGUUUGAGCAGACCAACAUCUACAAUAAACCAACCACGGUCCAAUUCAGGGUGCCUUCAGCUCAUCCCUGAGACCAUCAUUGGUACCGUCAGUCUAAAUUACAUUAAAAUUAAAAUGUGUAAACCGGCUGUAGUGAAUACAUUACAAAUGUACUCAAGGAAGACAGAAAAUGACUGACAUCUAGUAAUUUCAUAUGCUGUAUUUCUAAAGGUAACUCAGUUGUAAUGUAAUAAUACUCUUUAUAAGAGCAAGAGAGAAAUUACGCUAUUUCAUUUGUAAUCAAGUACCACUUUUUUUCAAAGGUUUGAGCAGGAAUACAGACUCCUUUCGCGUAAAUUAUUUUGAGUUUAUAAAAUCACUGCUAGGAGCUGUGGGGUUAUUUUGGCAGUUCUGUGUACGUAUGACAUUCGUAAAACACGCUAUUUGUAUGGGAACUUUUAACGUAAGUACUGUAAGCCUAAAUGCGUUAGGCCUUCAACGUUCACUUGACGUGGUCACACGGUCAUUUAACAGGGGACUUUGCGAAACACGUCAAUCAAUAGUUUUAGCUUUGAAUUCUGUAAUUUGUCCUGUUUCAGUACUGGUCAGUCCCACACGGCAGCCAGAACUGGUCCAGUGCUUGUUGUGGUAAGAAAGUGCCCUUCUCCACCAUUUAAAAACGGAGACCUAAUUCUGACUGACUGUAAGCAUCCUGACCCAUAGUGACCUUGACCUUUGACCCCUGCCACAAUGACCCACCCCCCCCCCCCUUCCUCCUCCUCUUCUGCGAGUUGCAAAACAUUCUUCAGCAAACUGAUGUUGCCUUGGGGUGAUAUUACAUCCUACGAUAUCGGCAGAGAAACCAAGAACGGAAACAGCACCUAGGAGUAGACUGGUCUUUAAAGAACGAACAAGCGUUUUUUUUUUUUUUUUUUUUUUGCCGUUGUUGGUCGGUGAGAGUGUAGCUGUUCCUUGCGUCUGAGGUGCAGGCAGUAGUGCAGGUUUAUUGAAUCCUGGUCCUGAGGCCUCACUGCGUACCAUAGUUCUAGCUUGAAAAAAAAGCUUAUUUUUAUUUUACACUGGCUAGGGAUUACCCAAGUAAUAGUAAUCUUUUGGGAGCCGAAACCAUAUUGGAACAGCUUGAAAGCACCUCAAAUGUAUUCUAAUCCCAAGACCUGUCAGACAGUAGCCAGUAACCUCAUUAUGUCCGUGAAGCAGCUACUGUGGCACAAAAGCAACCGACAAGGCGCGUGUUCGGGACCAGCACUCACACCUGCAGUAGCUAUUAGACCAUUAUAAAGGUCACAUUAACUGUAGUACGAGUCAGUUAGGCUGUGUUAUGUAUCAGAUGUCCUUUAUAUGACUUGUUGUGGGGAAAACCUUAAAUGAUGCCGUUUAGUAAGAGUGCUGAAUGCUUAGGUUGAAGUGUUGUGUAGCAAUAGGUACCAUUCUGUCUUGAUAAUUUUGUAACGCUUUUUAUUCAACUUUAUUAAAGGUUUUUUUUUUUUUAGAAUGUCAAUUUCUGCCUGUUAAUUCUCAGAAAAAUCUAUCCUUGCUUAUUCCACAUGAACUGGAAAAGUCUUGCCACCGAAAUAUGGGCGUCUUUUCAAGGGGCCUGACUUGGCUGCAGCUUAUGCUGGUGACUGGAUAUAUACGUACGCAAAGCAUUUCCAGUUAUUUUUUUUUUAUUAAAUUCAGUUCAA